UGUAUCCUCCUGCAUCAUGGUGGAUCACAGAGACUCAGAUGGGGGCCUGUCGCCUAGAUCCCCCCCACCUGCACCCCUCUCUCCGGGCCACACCCCCGCCCGACGCCCUGCCCAGCACAAUCACGACAGGCCCGUCCCGGACCUGUGGGCCCCGCUGUCGCCCAAACCAUCCCCCAUGGUCGAGCCCCACAGCCCUCCUGGCUCCCGCAGCCCCUUUCCCAGCAUAGAGUCUCCUCCUGGGGGCAACGCGUCAGCCUGCUCCUUGGGCAAUCCUGGAGGGUCUGGGGAGGGCUGCAGUAGUGGCUCCUCAUUGGGACAGAAUCAGCCCAACUGCUGCACUGACGGCCCCCGUGGGGCCCUUGGGGCAUUCGACACCCGUAGCCCUCCUGGAGGACCUCCCCUCGGACCUCCAGGCUCCCUCUCCCACCGCUUCCCUCCCGCCACAGACCCCCAGGAGCCUGGGGAGGGUAGGGAGUGGGGGGCCAAGCUGGAGUCCUCACCGCCCCAUCCCAGUGCCGCCGCCUUCAACUCCACCAACGGCCUGAGCUCCGUGGAGAAGACCCCCAGCACCAGCGGCCUGAGCUCCGUGGAGAAGACCCCCAGCGCCAGCGGCCUGAGCUCCGUGGAGAAGACCCCCAGCGCCAGCGGCCUGAGCUCCGUGGAGAAGACCCCCAGCACCAGCGGCCUCCGUGGGAUCUCUUCGGGUCCCUGCCCGGCCAAGAAGAAACUGCUAUCAUCCAGCGACACGGGAGAGUCGUGUUCGGAGGACGAGGGCCCCUCCACCUCUAAGAGGAGCCGUCUGGCCCCGGGGUUAGGGCUGGCCUCCUGCAGGGGCACCGAUGCCAAGGCUGCCCCCUUCUGGAACCACCUGCUUCCCAACGCACGGGACCCAAACCACACCAAGAGUUUAUCAGAAUGCAGAGGAGCCAGCAGGAGGCUGAAAAGUGGGAUGCGCCUGAAAAGUCGACAGCUAUGUGGGCGGCGUACAGACACCUUGGGUCGCACUGCUCGGUCAGGCUGGCCCUCUUCUUCCAUCAGCCGUUCACUACUGGGUAACUUUGAGGAGUCGAUCCUGAAGGGUCGUUUCUCUCCGUCGGGUCGUAUCGAGGGCUUCACAGCAGAGAUCGGUGCCAGCGGAUCCUACUGCCCUCAACACGCCACUCUGCCUGUACACGUCACCUACUACGACAUCUCAGAGCACAGCGCACCCUCACCCUUCCUGGGGGUGAUCUCCUUGGAGCCUUUAGGAAAGAAGGGAUACAGCGUACCCAAAGCAGGGACCACCCAAGUGACCUUAUUCAACCCCAAUAAAACUGUGGUGAAGAUGUUCCUCGUGACCUAUAACUUUGGGGACAUGCCCGUCAAUCACAUGACCUUCCUUCGUCACCGCAUCUUCCUGGUUCCCGUUGAGGAACCAGAGGCGAAGGGGGGUGAGCCUCCAGAGCCCAGGGCCACGCCCACAGAGAGGAGGAAGAUUCUCUGCUACCUGAUACACCUCAGAUUCCAGAGCUCUAAAUCUGGGAAGAUCUACUUGCACAACGAUAUCCGGCUGCUAUUCUCCCGCAAGUCCAUCGAGGUGGACACGGGGAUCCCUUACGAGCUCAAAUCUUUCACCGAGGUGCCAAGAAACCCCAAAUACUCCCCCCGCGUGUGAGCCUACGAUGAACCCGCGACCCCUGACCCCAUCACAAACGCAGCCCAUUCCUGGAACUGGGCACAGAGAGAUAAACAGACAGACAUGGACAAGAAAAGUUGAAAAUAUUAUUCAUUCAGACACACGCAUAUAUACUGAGUAUACAAAACAUUAAGGACACCUUCCCUAAUAUUGAGUUGCACUCCCUCUAUUGCCCUCAGAACAGCCUCGGUUCAUCAGGGCAUGGACUCUACAAGGUGAUGAAAGCGUUCCACAGGGAUGCUGGACCGUGUUGACUC